UUCAGAUGCAAAGCGCAUCAACUCAGCAACAAAUAUCUUUAGAAGUGAAGUGAUUACUCUACAUCUCUGUCUACACUUUACAGCAUGAGACACAGCAAAGUGAGAGUUUGCAUGUGAUAAAGUAAAAGUCACGUGUAACAAAAGCAGAAUAGAAACCACCCAAGUCACAUCUCCCUUACUGGAAAUGCAGCUUUACCCCUUUAUUUAUCACUUGAUUUCCUGGUCAGACAAUAAGAAGAAGAGAUGAAUGCUGUACAGUGGCUUCUGUUCUUUACAUGCAUUUGUUCCAAAGCUUAUGGUAUGUUCUGUGUGAAUGUAAAAAUUCUUAUACUAUAUGGAGUGAAACUGUCUUUUUUUAAAUAUAUUUUUGCCCAUAGAAAAAUAUUGUUAUUGCUAAAUUUUCAUUUAUUUAAUUCAUUAAUUUUUUUUAAUGGUUUUUAGGUGCAUUUCAGUUCUCCUCUACUCAGAGGUUGUCCUGUUUCUGUCUUUCAUUUCAUCACAUUUUGUUGUUAAAUUUAUUACAGUUGCUCCAACAGAAGCUUCAUCUUGGACAAUCAAUGUGCCACCCUCAGUAAAAGGUCUCCUUGGCUCAUGUGUGGUGAUCCCCUGCACUUAUAACUACCCAAAUCCACCAAAUGAGGUCCAAAACUUCACAGGGAUUUGGUACGAUGGCAAGGCUCAAGCUAUCUAUCAUUCUGAUGCAUCUCAGAUUCUGGAACAGUUUCGGAAUCGGACACAGCUGCUGGGAGACAUCAGCAAGAAGAACUGUACUCUGAUGAUUGAUAAUCUUCAACAAAGUGAUGGAAGGCCUUUUUAUUUCAGGAUUGAAAUUAAAGGCUAUGACCAGUAUUCCUACUUAAAUAAGAAAGUCCCUCUUUCAGUGAAUGAGUUGGAUUUGUCUGUGCAAGAGGAGUUAAAAGAGGGUCAAACUGUGUCUGCAUCCUGCUCUGUGUCUCACUCCUGCCCCACAUACCCACUUGCUUUCCAUUGGAGUCACUCUGGAGAGCAGCGUGAUCAAACAAAGCAGCUUCAUGAAGGCCAGUGGAAUUCAACCUCUACUUUGACCUUCCACCCAAACCGCACAGAUCACAACAAACCUUUACAAUGCAGAGUAACAUACCACGGGGGAAAGCACCAGGAAACGUCCCAGACCCUUAAAGUAAAAUAUGCUCCUGAAAUUAAAGCUUCCUCUAAGUGCUCCUCAGAGGGUGACACGGUAAAGUGUGAGUGCAUCGUAGAAUCCGAGCCUCCCAGCACUGUUCUUUUUGUUCUUGCUGACAGAAUCCUGCAAAGCAGCAAAGUAGAGAAAAAUGGCUCAGUUACUACUGAGACUCUGCAAACAGACUCUGGGUCUGUCAAGUUUGUGCACUGCGUGGCAAUCAAUGUGAUGGGAAAUGCUAACCUCAUGCUUCCUUUACCUGUUAACGACAACAUGCAGAAUGUUUUCAUCGCCUCUGGAGCAGGUGUGAUUGUGCUGAUUAUUUUGAUAGGAACUGGAGUGGGUGUUAAAAAAUGCAGGGGGAGAUCAGGACACACAACAUCUAACUUGAAGUCAGACACACCUGUGGAGCCCGCUUGUAAUGCCCCAACAAAAAGAAAAAGGAGCCGUAAAGAUAUCCCUUGCCCUGACAUUUACAUCAGUGAUCGUAUCUAUGGCAAUACUGACUGGGAUCAGCCAAUAUACAACAAUGUGUGACAUGUGGAAGAACAGCUGCAGCCCAUGUUUGUGUGAUCUGAAGUGAGUCAGGAAAGAUGUUUUUUAAGCCCUCAUGCAAUUUUAUAUGUUUGUUGCAUAUUUCUGUCAUCUGUCAUUCACAUUUUCUUUGUAAAAUACAGUAAUUAAAUAGUAAUGCUUAAAAUUGUGCUUACAGUUAUUGUUGCUCUCAUCCAUAAUGUUUUCUUGUUUGUCUGAUCAAAUGAAGUGCUUUGAAAA